CGCUGCACGUCGGACGCGGUCCGAAAGAGCGGGGAAACAUCCGUCCGGUUUGGGCUGAAUUGGAACAGGGACGAUGUUACGCAUUAUCGAUGUAAUGGCGACGUUAUUUAAACAUUUUCAUAAAACGCAGCACUAGAAGAGUCUACCAAUAAGGGGAUACGAAUUUACACCACAUUCUCUUCACUAUACUAUGUUUAAGAGGAUGGCUGAAUUUGGUCCAGAUUCCGGGGGGAGAGUUAAGGGAGUGACUAUCGUUAAACCAAUAGUAUUUGGCAACGUUGCUCGAUAUUUUGGAAAGAAAAGAGAAGAGGACGGACACACUCACCAGUGGACUGUGUAUGUGAAACCUUACAGAAACGAGGACAUGUCUGCGUAUGUGAAGAAAAUACAGUUCAAACUCCAUGAAAGUUAUGGAAACCCUUUGAGAGUGGUCACCAAGCCACCUUAUGAGAUUACAGAGACUGGGUGGGGUGAGUUUGAGAUCAUCAUCAAGAUAUUCUUCAUUGAUCCCAAUGAAAGAUCGGUCACACUCUACCACCUGCUGAAGCUCUUCCAGUCUGACUCCAGUGCCAUGCCCAAGAAAACUGUGGUGUCUGAGUUCUAUGAUGAGAUGAUUUUCCAGGAUCCCACAGCCAUGAUGCAGCAGCUGCUGACCACCUCCAGACAGCUGACUCUGGGUGCCUACAAGCAUGAGACUGAGUUCGCUGAGCUGGAGAUGAGAACACGUGAGAAGCUUGAGGCAGCGAAGAAGAAGACCAGUCAGGAGAUCACAGAGCUGAAGGAGAGACUGAAGGCCAGCCGCGAGACCAUCAACUUCCUGAAGAGCGAGAUUCGCAAGCUGGAGGAGGAGGACCAGGUGAAGGAGCACUGAGAGGUUUGAUCUGUAGCUCUAGAGCAGGGUGGAGCUCCGUGGGUGCCCCAAUGCACGCUGGGAAGUGACACCACCUGCUCCAACCUGACUGGGGAAAUUUGAGCUGUACUUGAGUCCUCCUCCACUCAACUACUUACAGACUGUUUGACCAAUAUGUAGGUCUAAUUGUUUUAAUGUUUGAUAUGUUUCAAAUUUGGGGGAAA